AUGCCGUUACGUAUAAUUUUAAACUCUGCACGAUUACGCAAUCUGAGACAACGAUCCAAGAUGGGAUACGUUUACUUGUUUCUCUGUCUCGCUGCAAGCCUAAAAUCAGUAUCAACUGUCACCCACUAUUCUGUUCCAGAAGAAAUGGAGGAGGGAUCUGUCGUUGCAAAUUUAGCUUCUGAUUUGGGAUUAGACGUGAGGACCCUGAAGACGAGGAAGAUGCGCGUGGAUGUUGUUGCCAAUAAGAAAUAUAUUGACAUAAACAAAGACACCGGAGAGCUGUUUAUUUUGGAGAGGAUUGACAGAGAGUUUCUGUGUCCAUCAAAGACAACUACGUCUUGCUUUCUUAAAUUAGAUGCGACAAUUGAAAAUCCUAUUCGCAUGUUUAACAUUGAGGUGGAAAUUUUGGAUAUUAAUGACAACGCUCCUCAUUUUCGGAGAGGAACAAUGCAUCUGGACAUUUCGGAGUCAAGUCCUGUUGGAGAGAGAUUUUCUCUGAACAAUGCUGUGGACCCAGAUGUUGGGACGAAUUCUGUGAAAAAUUACCAUCUCAGUGCAAGCUCCAGGUACAUCGUGUCCAGCAUACCAAGAGGGACGGGACUGACUGACACCAGUGACUCAGCAGCCUCAACCCUGCAGCCGUCUUGGGCAAGGUACGUGCUCGUGCUUACUGUUUUAACCUCUGUUAGUAACGUACUGACCUCAGUGACUCAUUACUCCAUUCCCGAAGAAAUGAAAGAAGGAUCAGUUGUUGCCAACCUUGCAAGUGAUCUCAGUCUGGACGUAACAACACUAAAAAAAAGGAAGAUGCGUCUUGACAUCAUCGCUAACAAGAAAUAUUUGGACGUGAACAAAGACACCGGGGAGCUGUAUAUUGUGGAAAAGAUUGAUAGAGAACAAAUAUGCACCACAAAAAUAUCGUCAUCGUGCUAUCUGAAACUCGAAGUGACACUUGAAAAUCCAUUGCGGAUCUUUAACAUUGAAUUAGAAGUAUUAGACAUGAACGACAACGCCCCACAAUUUAGGAGAGACGCCAUUCAUUUAGACAUCUCUGAGGCGACGCCGAAAGGAGAGAGGUUUUCUCUGAGUAAUGCAGUCGAUCCUGAUGUUGGAAGCAACUCAGUUAAAACAUAUCAUCUGAGUGAAAGUGAAUAUUUUAACAUUGAGAUCCAGACUGGAAGAGACGGGUCCAAGUUCGCUGAACUGAUCUUAAAAAAAGCUUUGGAUCGAGAGCAGCAGGCUGUUCAUAAUUUAAUUCUAUCAGCUGUAGAUGGAGGAACACCGGCUCGUUCUGGUACUGCCAGUAUUGUUGUUCAUGUCAUGGACACAAAUGACAAUGCACCUACAUUCGAUAAAUCCAUUUAUAAUGUUAACAUAAUGGAAAAUUCUCCUAUUGGAAGCCUUGUAAUUGAUCUUAAUGCGACUGACUUAGAUGAAGGGUCCAAUUCUGAU